AUGAACAAAUUAUCUAAUGAGAAACUGGUGUUGAGUGACAAGAAGAAGUCUAAAAACGUUAAAGGAACCACUCCUAAGAAAAUCCAUCGAAAAAUCGUCAAAAAACAAACAGAAGUGGUUGGAGAAUUGUCGACGACUGUUGAAAAAGUCCAUCCAGUACAAGUAAAACCAAAAGUGCAACAUAAAGAAUUGAGUGCUACUAAAGGGACCGUUAAAAAAUCAAUUACACAAUCGGCUGUGAAUAAAUCGUUAGCGCAAAAAGUGUUGGCUAUGACCACCGAACAAACAUCAAUCAAUCGUCCAAAAUCUCGACCUAUCAAGAUACGUCCAAAAGAACCGAAUUCCUCGACCAUCAAUAAGACAGAGCCGAAGAGGUCAAAACUGGUGAAACGCGUUCUGAAAGCGAUUCCUACGACAUCAAAAACAACAACAACGAUCGUGAUGCCGAUAGUCUCAGCGGGGGCAUCACACAAACUAGGAUAA